UCUGCGCGAAACGCAACGGGGGUUCCAGCAGCGACGGAGCCAGCCGUGCACCACCAGAGAGAAGCCGGGCUCGGCGGACCGCGCAUAUACCCUACCGCCGGGGGAAUAAUUCUCGUAAUCGAGUCGCGCAGGGAUCCGCGUACGCUUCACACGUAACGCUCCGCCGACGAUCCCCCGAUCGCGGCGUUAUUAUGUAAGGGGGAUGUUGCCGCCGCUGUUAUCGUCGCUCUCUUACUCUACCCCUUUACACGCGCGCCGUACUGACUGUUGUUACUGCUACCGCUGCUGCUGCUGCUGCUGCUGCUGCUGCUGCUGAAGAGGAGAGAUAGAGAGAGAUAGAGAGCGGAGAGGUGCCUCUCCGACGACAUGCGAAGAGACGCGUCCGACGCGACGACGACGGACGACGACGAGCGAGGAUCGCAGCAGAUCGCAGCCCUAGCGAUACACGUCGACGACGACGACCACCGACAGAAGCAUCCAUGGAACUGAAAAUUUUGCUCUGGGUUCACAUCGUGGGAAUUUGUUCGGGUCUGCGGGGAGUGCGCAUCCAGAUACCGACGGCCGUGAAGAAGGGCGACUCGGCGACGCUAAAAUGUUGGUAUGACACCGAAGGCGACCCGUUGUACGCUGUCAAGUGGUACAAAGGGGGUCGAGAGUUUUAUCGCUAUGCCCCGAACGAGAGCCCGCCCGUCAAGACUUUCCCCAUCGGGAACCUGACAGUGAAGAAAACGGAGAGCAACGCGACGCAGGUCGUGCUGACAAAGUUGGAAUUGGAGGCGGCGGGCGUGUACAGCUGCGAGGUAUCAGCCGACGCACCUUCCUUCCACACGGCUAUAGUUUACGCGGCGAUGAACGUCGUCGAAUUGCCCUCUGAGAGGCCGUCGAUACAGGGGCUAAAGACGAAAUACCGCGUCGAGGAUUCGCUACGUUUGAACUGCACAUCCGGCCGGAGCAAACCCGCCGCGAAUCUCACUUGGUAUAUCAACGAUCGACAGCCUCUCACGUCGUACGUUCGCACGUACAGCCCGCUCGACACGAACGAGUCGGAGUGGCAGAUCUCGAAAAUCGGACUCCAGUUCCUGGUUACGUACGAUCACUUCGUGAACGGCAAGCUGAAGAUACGUUGCAGCGCGUCGGUAUACGACAUUUAUUGGCAAAGUACGGAAGUCAGCGCCGAGGAGGAUCGGCCGCGGGUGAUACACUAUGAGCCUGCCGCGACCAUCGUCGGCAUCAACUACCUCCAGCCACCGCCAAAUUUUCAGACCGGCCAGAAGAAGCCCGACGGUCAGGUUGGAGUGAAAGUGCUGGGGUCCUCCACGGUGAGCCUGCGGCCGUCGGCGAGGAUCGUUGUGGAAUUGUUUGCGCUUCUUCUAAUCGUCAUUCGCUAAACGCAUAUAGUGCAUCGUUCGAGAAACGCGCUUUGGAACACUUUGCGUACGUCGACGUGUUUGUAAGAGGAGGUGGAGGAGGAGGAGGAGAUUGAGAAGGAAGAGGAGGAGGAGGAGGAGGAGGAGGAGGAGAGCUCGAGAGGCGCUUUGUGCGAUGAUGACGUUUCCUCUAUGGGAUCGCCUUGGAUCACCACGCAGCAGCAAUAUACAACCGGAGCGAACACAGGGAGCUCCUUGGGUCACGUCACGGCGAUGAAACCUGAAAGGCUCGUUCGUAAUGGCGUAGGAAUGGAAGUGACGGGACGCGAUCGAGAACAGUUCGGCUACGAACGACGGAGGAAGAACGGGAAGAACGGGAAGGACGGGGGAGAAGAAGAAAAAAUCGUGGACGGAGAGCGCAUUCCCGCGAGACGAUUUAUCCGACGUUCACUCAUCCCACGAUCAACGAAUGUCCAAAAAGCACUAGAGCGACGACAGACACGGCUGAAUAUAUAUAUACUCGCGAUAUGUAUAUUCGGGAGUUAUUUUAUUAUUAUUAGACCAUGUACUCUUGCUUCCUUCCAGCGGGAAUAAUGUGUUUGCAAUGUGUAGGUAUACAUACAUAUAGUACGUUUACGUCGCAUCGUAUGAGAAGAUAGUUUUUUUUUCGUACUUUUAUAACUCAGAAGGAGACUAUAACGUAGCAUGAAUGUACGUGCGUAUUUCUCGACAGCGUAAAAACGCAUAUACACGUAAUACAAACACACAUGUACGGAAAUAUAAACAGAUGUAUAUGUACACGACAGAUAUGAGUAUGUAAAUUCGCUCGAUUACGUAUACACGCGUAUUGCAUACACGUUCAUACACUCACACUGAUACACACACUCACACGCAUACACAUACACAAUCACACUUUUUCUCUGUACGAAUAACUGAUAACUAAAAGUGUUCGAGAAAAUAUAUAUUGCGGCCCGCCUAAGUAUUUUACAGUGUGCGAGAUGAUGUACCUGAAUCGGAUAUUCGCGUGAACUUCUUUCUUGUGUUGCUAUUUAGAAACUAUGUAUUAUAUAAUAAGCGAGGAAAAGAUGUGCUAUAUCGAGUUAUAUAUAUGAUAACAACACAACUUUGUGUAUCUCGGUCAUUCCAUUUCAUAUUAAAGCGUAAUUAAUUUAUUGACGAGGCUGAUUUCAUUGAUGUACAGUACGACUGGAGUUUAUUAUAAAUUCAUUAAGUAUAUU